AUGUCAACACCAAACAGAUCCGUCAUCACACUCAUUCCAUACUCUGAGGUUAGGUCUGGAUGGCCUUCCGAAGGGAAUCACAUUAUUGCAUCCUAUACCGAUCAUGCUGUUCUUGUUUAUCAAGCAUUUAAUGAUGAAAUUGCCGAUUAUGCUCUUAAACAUCAAAAAUUAGAAGGUUGUCCAUCCUAUAAUGAAACUCGAAUGACUUGGGUGAAAUCUAAUUGGCUGUGGAUGAUGUAUCGUUCUAAUUAUGCAACAAAACAAAAUCAAACAAGAAUACUUGGAUUAUGGUUAAAGAAAAGUGCCUAUGAUGACAUUUUGAGCAAGGCACGACUGAAGGGUCCAGGAGCAGGAUUGAUUCGAGCCCAAUGGGAUCCUGAUUAUUCACCUGAAUUAACUCCAAUUAAAAGGAGAAGAGAUUUACAACUUGGAAUUAAAAAGAGAGAUACUUUCAAGAAUGGAGAGGAUUUUAUAGAAAUUGUGGAUUGUACUGAAUUGGCUCACAUGAGUCGGAAAACGAAAUGCAUUCCAAUGGAACGAGUAUAUAUUCCUGAUCCUCAAGUUUGUAUCAAUUUGGAAGUCUCAAAACUUUGA